AUGCUUCGUUCGCGGUGUUGCAGGUCCUUGGCCGCUGUGUUGCGGCGGCAAGCUGACGUUGCUUUCUUCUCAACGAGUGCGGCCUCCUCGUCUCAUCAGCCUAAUGCACCGCUGGACUUGGAUCCCUCUUUUCACUCUAUCAUGAAGGAUGUGGAUAUGGCUCUUCUGCGUCAAAAGUCCAGACAUCCUACUGCCGCCAACCCGACCGCUCGUGUUCAUCGCGAACUGGAGGUUUACCCACAAGAUGAAACAGCGGAGGACGACGGCUAUGAAGCCGAGCCACAGAGUUCUCACUGGGACGUAUUUGAUCCUAAGGACGGCAGAAAGUCCCCUGCUGCUGCGUUCGGCAGUCAGAAUAUCGGAGCAGUUGUCUUGCCUUUGGAGUUGCAGAAAAGCAUUGAUCACAUCAUCGCUGACUCGGACAAGCAUAUGAUACACAACGAUGCCACACGACUAUUCGCAAAGGAAGUCCAGGGUGCGGACGAGCCCGAGUGGAAUGCUUCAUACAAUGUGCGAUACAAGUCCGGGAAGAAGGCACGGCUACACGCAGAGCGAGAUGGCACUGCCUUUGCUUCAGUUGCAUUGCCGUCGCAUUAUUCCGUGGUGUACGCUGUACUCGAUAACGUACAGCAGCGUCUCGGUCCAGGCUGGACCGUCGACCGCGUCAUUGACUGGGGUUCGGGUACGGGCACAGGUCUAUGGGCCUCGUCACACCUCUUCCAAGGGAAUGAUGUUGCUUCUCGGGACAGGACAACUGCGGAGUUAGCACAGUCGACCGUGAAGGAUUACGUAGGAAUCGACACUCGGGAUGGUCUGGUCAGCAUUGGUAAACGACUUGUCCAAGACAUGGACUUGGGUGGAAUGAAAAUAUCGUGGCAAAAGGCCUUCCGCGAGGACAAUGUGAUUGAACGUGCAGAAGGAAGGAACGCACUGGCAUUAUCUGCAUUCCUCCUUUCCACAAUACCCACGCCACUUGCAAGGAAGGCCCUCGUCAAGCAGAUGUGGGAGAGCGGCGCCGACGUCAUGGUUCUGAUUGACCAUAACACGACAGCUGGAUUCGAAUGCGUCGCGGAAGCCAGGGAGUACCUUCUCAAAUUAGGUAGGAAAGAACUGGAAGACCCCGAGUUGGAGGAAGCAAGCAUUCGAGGCUCUCAUGUCGUUGCUCCGUGCCCCCAUGACGGUGCAUGCCCAUUGUACAGACCGGGCACUACCAAGCUGGUGUGCAGUUUUUCACAGAGACUCCAGCGGCCAGCAUUUGUGCGUAAAACGAAGCACUCGGGAGUUGGCCACGAAGAUAGCGGCUAUACCUACGUUGUGAUACGCAGAGGCAGCAGGCCAUUGCCGGUGAGCACGAAAGUCGGUCGGCUAGGCUAUGCCGGGAAGCGUGAAGCAGCGAAAGCGGCCAUCGAGGAGCAGCCUAUCAAGGAACUUUUGGUGGAACAUGAACACACGGAUGAUAUCGCAGCGAAUGCUAGCAAUACUCUUCCGGCCAAGGCCGAGGAACCUGUAUCAAAUGAUCUUGAACUUGCAGAAGAAGAUAUGCAGGCCGCCUUGCGAUUGGAAGCGUACAACUGGCCUCGUCUCGUCUUCUCCCCUUUGAAGAAAAGCGGCCACGUUAUCCUCGACGGCUGCACGGCUGAAGGCAAAAUCAUGCGCAUGACGAUUCCCAAAUCACAAGGCAAACAGCCAUUUUACGAUGCGCGGAAGUCCAACUGGGGUGACCUCUUCCCCCAUGAGCCCAAGAACCGUCCUCAAGAACGGUUCCAGCCGGCCGGCAAGAACGCUCUCGUCAAAGGCGGCGAUAUCGGGAAGCGCAAGAAGAGUGCUCCGCAGGCAGCAAGCUACGGCAGGAUCUCUGCCGAGCUGAAGGAACGCACUCAGAAAGAGAAGGAAAGGAGACGAGCGCGUCUGCUAGCUGAGGAAGUAGAUUGA